CUACCUAAAAUAUGGAAGUGGAAUAAAUUGUAUAAAAUCCAUUUAGAAAUCUCCCAAUUAUAGUAAUCUCCCAAUAUAGUAACAUCAUAUUUUUCAUAUUUUUAAGAAGAUUAUAGUCCUGAUGCACAAAUGGUAAUUCUUUUCCCAUAUCCUCUUAUCGGAGGAAAAAUGGCACAGAUAUUGUAGGAAAACCUAAGAUUCAGUGAUACUUUUAAAUAUAUUUACAUAUAUGACAUUUGAAAAUUUAUUCAACAUUAGCAGCUUUUUGCAAACUGUAAUUCAAAGCAUAAACGUGACCAUCUAUCGCGAGCAUUGGUUAUUUGAGAAGUUCCGCUUGGGGAAUUAAAAUCAUUAUAGAUACAUUUACCUGGCGGUUUCUACGCCGAAAACGAAACCCGGCCGAGUGGUGAAAAAGACAAAAAAAAAGUAGAAACUAUCGAUGGAGUAUAUAACCCAGAAAAGUUGAAAACUUCGUAGCACUCAGCGAAAAUUGUUGAAAUGUGGAGCAAAUCGGAUCUGGGAGUAUUUCUGUUUUGUGUGAUGGCUAGCAGUGGAAAUGCCAUACCAGCUGGCCUACCCAGAUACAAUCGAUUGGGACAAGGACCGUCUGCUGCUUUAAACAGCAGUUUUUUGGCUUCCAACCUACAACUGGGAUACCGAACGGAAUCAACUUCAGUGGUGCCAGAUUUCGAAUAUGCAUUGUUGGGUCAGGAUCCAAAGGAUCAGGACUGGUACCGAGUAAGUCUAACCCCGAAGACGAACAAAACCGGAUACCGAGCACAGUUCGCAACCCGGAAGCAUCCGCCUUUCGAUGAGGAGAUGGCUCACCGACACGACAAAACCAUUCAGGACUUGCUCAACUGGCUCGAACGUUCCGAGGAUCAAAGUCUGUGGAAAGUAUACCGAGACCUUUUGGGUCCUUCAACGGAACACUUUACCGGUGACAACAAGAUCGAAAAUCGAGAACAAGUGCCUAGAAAGCCAUCAUGUCCGGAUCAGAAUCAGCAUCUUCUGUUGGUGGGAGAUGAGGGAACGGAUGUAACUACUUCCACAUCACAGCCACCAACUGGCGAUUCGUCCAAGACAGCCAAUAAUUUUGUCUACUUCAUUAAAGGACUUAAAUGACUUGAUAAAAUUAUUUUAUUUUUCGGAAAAAAACUUUAAAAUUAGUUAAUCAAUUAUGUUAGACUCAAGAUUAAAAACAAUUUUAUUAAAGAUGGUUUGAAAUAUA